CGUUUUGAUUUCGUGGUAUUGAAUAUGUCCCUAUCAUUCAUUCUAUUGUCUAGAUAUAGUCAAAUGUAGGCAGCCCUAGCAAGAUGAUUGUGCAUUAUCUACUUCCUCUCAUUACACUCUUUGCUGAAGACCUUAUUGUAGCCCUACAGAAGCAAACAUUGCUCAAUGUUUUACAAACUCGCUUAGCCAAGACAUCCUGUCCCCUCCCUCCUCUCUUGCGUAUUACAGUUUCUCCAGAACAUGACCCUUUCCUCAGCUCAAUAUGUUACAGCAUUUGGAAAGUUUUAGAUUUAAGACACCCCAAAUCCAGGACGGUGAGAUUAAUGACAGAGAUCAACGCUUGGGCACAUCUAAUAAUAUAGUCUGGUCGUUGGAACCAGUUUUAUUUUACACUCUCGAGGAAAGGCAAGUUCCUAAUUCUUAGAUUCUUUUGAAGAGUAGCAAACGACCAGGGAAGUGUUCCGCCUGUUGCUCUUUGACAAACAAGAUCCUUUAUCUGCACUUAGCCUCACCUUCAGAGACCUUUCCUCCACUAUGAACUUGCAUACAGUAGUAUUGCAGUUUGCUCUGACAAUGAUGUUGAGUUUAUAAUACGACCUGUUAGAGCCCAAGCACUCACAGUUUGAAGGGCCUAUUGCUUUCCCUUAGAACAUACUCCAAGAAAAUGGGGUACACACGUAUAUCAUGACCGGACGAAACAAGAUGUCCCUGGCACCUAUACAAUUAGCGGAACAGGAAGUUGGGCAUUUUGGAUUUAGUGGCCAUUUCUGACGAACUUUUGACGAGUCUCCAUCAAAACACAAGGUUGUUGUACUCACAUGGUCCAAUCGACUCCAAACUGGACAUGUAUGAAAAUAAUCUACACAAACUAUGACUUAAAAUUACAGCGCCCCAUGGUGGCAACAGGAAAUGUCUUGUUUUUCAUACACUUGACGUACUUGAUGUACUCCUGCUCGUCCAUUGUCCGCAACCAUGUCAAACUUUGUCAGAACGUCCUCAAGACAUUGAUGAAGUCUUAUCAAAACUGUGAAUCUUCAUUGAAUACAAUGUUAGUGGAGUGGCUUCAAAUUUCAACGUGCCGCAAUGACACACGGAACUGCUGUAACUUCAGUGUACUUCGUUCAAUGUGUCUUAAUCUUAAUUUGGCAUCUCUUGCCUCAUACACAUGUAGCCAUAACAAACCUUAUAAGAAAGGCCCGUCAUUUCCUUUCACUGAUUUGCCACGCUACACUUUUUUUAUUUAAUUAAAUUUUUUGGGUAUUUGAAUUUGAACCAUGCUGCCUUCUGAAAAUUCUUUCCUUAGCUGUGAAUCUCACACCUGCUGUGUGGUUUUAUAAUGUGCGUGUGAUUGGAAAAGGCUUAAGAUUUUCCUCAAGGUUUUAAGACAGAUUGCUUCAUAGCCUGCGAUUAAACAAUAUUAUUGUAGCGUUACAUCACCAAGUAAUAAACUGCAAGUUGUAAAAAAAAAAAAACAUAACACUCUAUAAUUUGAUAAUGACCAGUAAUUAUGCUGUGGCUCAUACUGAUACUGAUGAUGGUAUUGAUUGUUAAAUUGAUUGAACAGGCACAGGUGAACAUAAGAAUUACAUUUUAGGUUGCCCUGUUACUUUAUAGCCACAUUAACAGCUUUAGCAUUGGCUGUAUGAUUGGCAGUGUUGGUCUGUAAGUCAGAUCCAACAAUAUCAACAGCUAUUGGAUGGUUUGUAAUUUGCUUUGUGAGGCCACUGUGACCUUGACCUUUGGCCACCAAAUUCUAUUAAGGUCAUCACUGAGUCCAAGUGAAUGUUUAUGCCAGAUGGGAUGAAAUUUCAAAACAAAAUAAGGUCACAUGACCUUGACUUUGUGACUGUCGGCCACCAAAAUGUAAUGAGUUAUUUGAGUCUAAGAGAAUAUAUGUUAGUUUUCUGAAGGCAAGCUUGAAAUAUCAUAUUGGUGGGUAUUGGACAGAUGGACAGCCAACACGAAAACACAAGGCCUGUGUCCGAUGAGUUUCCUCGGCGCAGGGACCAACGAUUCAAGCAUUUUUUUUGAGAUUAUUUAGUGCAGCUUGUCUAAAUUGAAUGCGACUGUUGGACCUUGUCGGUGGCAUGUGCUCAUCUAGUUUAGUCAUGUAAUUUUUAUUUUUAAAGAGUAAUGUGUUAUGAAUAUUUGAUAAGUUACCUUCCCAACACUGGUUAACCCUAGAAAUAUGUGAGUGGACAUACAAGAUCCCCUUGUGGCCACUAACAGUGAUGACUGUUAAAUUAAAUUCGUUAUGCUCACAGUGUAAACUAUUGCUUACUGUAAUGGAUUUUUGACUCAGGGUGAUGUAUCACAUGUGAAGUAGCAGUACUUCAUUUAAAUCCCCACCUCCCUCUCAUUCUGUCAAGUUAUCACUCUGCUAUCACUCCUCGCUCACAUGGAGAAGUUACUCAUUCCCUGAGUGCCCUUCAGAUUCCUGCGUCUCACACCCAUGAAGGGGGGGGGGGGACUCUGAGGAGCAGCAGUUUCUUCACAGUCUCACUCUGCCUGAGUCCGGUGGCUGUGUGGGAUUUGUGUAGGACUCUCGGUGGAAGUAAUGAGUCUGAACUCAGGGAGAGCUUGGACUUAGUCAGGAGCAUUUUCUCUCCUGUGGCUCUCCUCCCAUUAUUCUUUCAAAGAUCAACCACUCGCUGCUUCAUUCUCUGUGUUGUUUUGAUUUUGUUUUCGGGCUCAUUGUGUUUUGUGGUGAAGGACCAGGAUGGCAGCCCCAUCACUUCUUCUGUACAUCGACAGGAGCCUGUUUGCCAGGAGGGUAAAGGACAGUCGGCCAGUGGAGCAGCCGGAUCCAGGGUGGAAGCUUUUCGGGAAAGUCCCCCCACGGGAAGGCCCCAUCAAGGAUCCUAAGAAAAUCCAAAAGGAAUAUGAAACAAAGAGUGGCAGAGCUGGACCCGGCAACCCGACGUCUCCCAGGCGGAGUGUGAGGAAAAACCUGGACUUUGAGCCACUGUCCACCACCGCACUUAUACUGGAGGACAGACCUGCGAAUCUGCCUGCCAAGCCAGCUGAGGAGACACAGAAACACAGGCAGCAGUAUGAGGAGAUGGUGGCCCAGGCCAAGAAGAGAGAGCUGAAGGAGGCUCAGAAGAGGAAGAAGCAGCUGGAGGAUCGGUGUAAGCUUGAGGAGAGCAUUGGCACAGCCUCCCAGGUCUGGAACCAGGAGAUAUUGCCUAACUGGAGUACAACGUGCACAUCUCGGCGAGUGAGAGACCUCUGGUGGCAAGGCAUCCCCCCCAGUGUCCGAGGCAAAGUGUGGAGCCUGGCUGUGGGCAACGAUCUCAACAUCACACACGAGCUGUAUAACAUCUGUCUGUCCCGGGCGAGAGAGAAGUGGAGGGCCACGCCAGCAUCUUCCGCAGAGACUGAAAUUAAUGAUGCUGGUUCUUCAGACAGGGAGUCGAGCCUGGAGCUGAUCAAGCUGGAUAUCUCGAGAACCUUCCCCCAACUGUGCAUCUUCCAGCAGGGCGGGCCCUAUCACGAUGUGUUGCACAGCAUUCUGGGAGCAUACACUUGUUACCGGCCAGACGUUGGCUACGUGCAGGGAAUGUCCUUCAUUGCAGCAGUGCUCAUCCUGAACCUGGACACAGCCGAUGCCUUUAUAGCUUUUGCCAACCUGCUCAACAAACCGUGUCAGAUGGCCUUCUUCAGAGUCGACCACAGCCUUAUGUUGACAUACUUUUCGGCAUUUGAAGUGUUCUUUGAAGAAAAUCUACCAAAGCUCUUUGCACAUUUCAAGAAAAACAACUUGACCCCUGAUAUUUAUUUAAUCGACUGGAUCUUCACUCUGUACAGUAAGUCCCUGCCGUUGGACCUGGCAUGUCGGGUUUGGGACGUGUUCUGCAGAGACAGCGAGGAGUUCCUCUUCCGCACGGCGCUCGGCCUGCUGCGUCUCUACCAGGACGUCCUGACCUGCAUGGACUUCAUUCACAUGGCUCAGUUCCUCACCCGCCUGCCGGACUUCUUACCGGCUGACCAGCUCUUCCAGCAAAUCGCUGCUGUGCACAUGACCAGCCGCAACAGGAAAUGGCCACAGGUCCUGCAGGCUUUACAGAAAGAUCCGGAGCGGGGCAGCCCGGUGUUGAAGCGCUGAGCCGCGAUCAGGGGGUCCCACUAACGGAAUCCAGUUCCCCUCCAGACUCUUACCGGGGACCUGAGAGAGACCUAUGAUCGUUUGGGACAUAUCUGGAGGGGGUCUGUCAGUAAUGAGGAAGAAUACGAGGCCUUAUUUAUCUUCCACCACCCCUCCUCUGCUCUGAGGCCCAGCAGUGGACUGUAAACUGUAGCUCGCAGACGCCGAAGAAUGUACCACACACUCCCACAUACGUGUGCCCAGCCGACUGACUCACGUCCAGGGGAAAAUCCUCCUCUUAUAUUUUGUUUCUGUUUCCGCCAAUGGUUCCACCCAAGAGGAAUGUCCUGAGUCAGUACCUCCAGAGUCAGAUCUGUGAAUGUCAAUGUUUCCCCCCCCAUGUCCGAGUUUGAUUUCCACUCUGGGCUAAGUUUGGUUUUCAUUUACAUGUUUUUGUCAUUGAUUAUUUUAGUUCCUGAAUCAUUCCACGAAAUCAUCUCAUGUUUUUUUGGGAGUUAAACCCCUUUUUGAAGUUUGGUUUCUCUGGAAGCAACAGAUUGUGAAGAAGUGAAGAAAUGUGCUAUGCCUCUGAAAGAGGUGAUAAGCUGCCUGUAGAAUGAGCUUUACAGUAAAUUUAUGAAAUACGGGAAAUGGAGAUAAUAGUAAUAUGUUACUGUGGGAGACACACAAAUUACAGCGUCAGACUUGGACUGGCCCUUCCCCUGAAUACGUUUUGAGGUACAUUUCAUCUGGUUAUUGUUUUGAUUCUUAUGUCUUGGUGUGAGUGUUAAUGUCUUGUGCGUUUAUUUAAUAUUUAUCUAACGGAUGACGGGACUUGUUCCAGUGACAUGAAGGGUUUUUGAGCAACCGCUCCCUCACGCAAAUGUGAUUGGAGCUUAUAUGGAUCUGUGAUUUAACAACUAAAACACGUAAGAGGUUAUGACUUGAGCUGCAUCAUUCAUAAGCAGAUAUAUGCACUUUGAGGACUACAAUGUCCACCAGGGGGCAUAUUUCGGCUGAAUUACCUCUGGGCGAAAAAGGAAUUACUUACCACUUCUAAUUUUGUUUGUCAUUAAAAUAUCUAAUGUGAUAUUUUUUUAAUGUGGUGGUUAUAGCAGUUAUAGCAGCAGUGACAUCUCUUUUAUCUUCCUGUCCUCAUAUCCUAAUCUGUACUGCCCCCACUGGUCAUGCUCUUAAUUGCAUGUUGUGGACAAGUCGCGUAUGAUGCACACAACAUUGAAGAUUCAAAUUCUGGACACGGACUAAUUGACACUAUAACUAAUAUGCCGAAGCUGUUAGCAUUUCCUGUUUGCAGUGUAUCCAUAGAUUUACAGAAAACCAUCCCUGGAUCAGUUUGAUUUUAAGAAAAAGUAACUUGACAAUUCUCGUGCAAGUUCUGGACAUUUAAGAAGAAUAUUUUUUUUCUCCUGACUUGAAAAAUCGGAGGAUAUGUUGACGUUGCGGAAGUUAUAUUUAACGUAAAAAUAUGUGGGCAUGUUCAGAAGUGACUGAGACGAGAAAUGCAAUUUUUGGAAGCAAAUAGUAUUUUACAGCACCUUAAUGUCCAUGUGUCGCGUUCACUGCUGCUGGGCCAUCUGUUGUUCGCAUUGAUGAACCAAGGUUACUACACAUGUCGCUUUCACCUGUCCAGGCACGUUAUCUUUUGACUCCCUUUUCGACGUUUAAGAAAAAAUGACAGGAUAAAACAUUUCUGAUUGUUUGAUGUGUUUCAUUUUUUCACGAGCUUCCUGGUUGAUGUCGCUGGUUUGUCAGCUAGCCCGAUGUGACACUCGCACUGUGGUUAACAUUUCGCUCCAUCGUGCCCAGUAGGGGGCGGUAGGAUUUGUCCAAGCAAUGUUUUUGACAAGUCAGCCUCCAUCUAGCAAGUGCUAAGACAGUACACAGCACUAUUAAAGGUUCAGUGUGUACGAUUUAGGUGUGAGGGAUUUAUUGUCAGAAAUUUAAUUAAAAAUAAUCUUUGUGAUGUUUCCACUAGUGUUUCACCUAAAUUGCACAAAUUGUUGUUUUCUUUAUUCUAGAAUGAGCCCUUUAUAUUUAAAUACUUUAUAUAUUAACACGAGGUGCAGAUCCUCUCACCUUUUGAGUUUUUAUGAUAACUGAAGGUUUACACAGGUUCUCUUUCAUUUUUGGCAGGACGAGGUUAGGGGUAUUCAGCUGCAACAUGCAGCUUCACCACUAGAUGUCACUAAAUUCUACACACUGAACCUUUAAAUAAUCAAUGUAUUUUUUUAAGUGGAAAUUUGUUUUGCUGUUGAUCUCAUAUAGGAUUGUUCAGUGACCUUUUAUUUCUUUCAACGCCAGUUUUGCACAGACCAGUUUGUCAAAUUGAAAAAAAGGAAAUCUGAUUGGUGGUUGACGUCUUUGAAGAGUGCAGUUAUCAGGGUGAUGGUAUUUCUCAACGCAACUGUUAUCGUUAUUGCCUGUGAGGCGGCAUCGACUCUUGUGCUAUGCUACUGAACCUGUGUGAUGGCAUUCGCUUCCAUAUUGUGCCCUGUAAUUCCAGUGAUGUCCACAUCAGGCCUCUGCACCUCCAGACUGCACUUUCACACGUGAAUGCCUGGACCAUUUCAAGCUUAAAUAUGGGACGUGCUCUAGAUUUAACGAAACAGGAAAUUAUCACCAUCACCUCAGCUCGUUUCGUUGCUGCCGACAGAUGGUCUGUGUGGUGCCUCAGCGCAGGACUGCAAUAAAUAUAUAUAUAUAUAUAUAUAUACACGUAAGCCUCUUAGUUGUGCCUCGCAUCACCAGUUCAUAUCAGCACUCUGUAGGUUUAAAUGGUUUGUCCGUUUUCAAUGAAGUGCCCCUCCCAGCUCCGCUAACACUACAAAAAACACAGUUUAAUCAAUCCACAUUCGUCUAAAAACAUAUUCAAUAAUAUAAUUCAAUGAAGGAGUCUAAUACACUGUUAUCAGUUUGAUUAUCUGGACGUCUUUACUUUCCUGGGUUCUGUUUGAUUUGCAUGUCUUUUAGUUUUCUCAUUGAGACCUGUGUACUGUAGAGGAGGGAUGGACACAUGGAGACAACGGAGCGUCACCAUGCAACUGUAUCUCACUUGAAAUGUAUAUAAACAAUGGUUUUAUUAAAAUAAAGAGCUGUACAUAACCAA